AUGAAGAGUGGAACAAGAGUGAUUGAAUCUAUAAUGGUAGAGUCACCAUCUGCCUCAGCUCACCCACCAUCUACAGGAGUGAGGAACAGUUCCUAUGUGACUGAGUUCAUCCUGACAGGUCUGUCCCAUGAACGUGGCAUCCAACUCUUUCUCUUUGCUCUCUUUCUCAUGUUUUACCUCAUUGUCUUACCAAGCAAUGUGCUGAUCAUUAUUACCAUCCGAGGAGACCCACACCUCAACUCCCCAAUGUAUUUCCUAUUAGCCAACCUGGCUUUUUUGGACAUCUGGUAUUCAUCCAUCACUGCUCCCAAGAUGCUGGUUGAUUUCUUUGCCAAGCGCAAGGUCAUUUCUUUUGGGGGCUGCAUUGCUCAACUUUUCUUCCUCCAUUUUGUGGGGGCUGCAGAGAUGUUUCUGCUCACUGUCAUGGCUUAUGACCGCUAUGUUGCCAUCUGCAGACCUUUGCACUACUCAAUCCAGAUGAGCCGGCGACUUUGCAUCAUAUUAGUGAUGGCUUCCUGGGCUGGAGGUUUUAUCCAUUCCCUCCUUCAGGUGGUGCUGAUUGUCCGCCUCCCAUUCUGUGGGCCCAAUGAAUUAGACAAUUAUUUCUGUGAUAUCACCCAAGUACUGAGGAUCACCUGCACUGAUUCCUUCACUGAGGAGAUGGUCAUGAUCUUCAGCAGCGGCCUGAUUUCUGUGGUCUGCUUUGUGGCUCUCUUGGUCUCCUAUGCCUUCUUGCUCACCAUGCUAAAGAAGAAUGUGGGUGAAUCAGCUAGCAAGGCCCUCUCCACCUGCUAUUCUCACAUCACCAUUGUCAUUUUCAUGUUUGGUCCUGCUAUCUACAUCUAUGCCCGUCCUUUUGAUGAAUAUGCACCUGAUAAAGUGGUCUCUGUCUUCCAUACCAUCAUUUUCCCUCUCCUAAACCCCAUCAUUUAUACCCUCAGGAACAAGGAAAUAACUACUGCCAUGAAAAAGGUGGUUCAGAGGUGCCUCCUCUGCAAAUAA